AUGGCUGCUCUUUACUUUUCCCCGUCGCUCCUUGGUCUGCAAUCGGCCGCCAUCCGGGGAGGUGGGGGAGCCAGGAUCUGCGCAGCGCAGCCCUUGGAGCUGGCCUGGGAAUAAGAGUUCAGGAGGAAAGCUGGUGGCGUUCAGAAUGGUUCAGCGUUUGACAUACCGUCGUAGGCUGUCCUACAAUACAGCCUCUAACAAAACUAGGCUGUCCCGAACUCCUGGCAAUAGAAUCGUUUACCUUUAUACCAAGAAGGUUGGGAAAGCGCCAAAGUCUGCAUGUGGCGUGUGUCCUGGCCGACUUCGAGGUGUUCGUGCGGUGAGACCUAAAGUCCUUAUGAGAUUGUCUAAAACGAAAAAACAUGUCAGCAGGGCCUAUGGUGGUUCCAUGUGUGCUAAGUGUGUUCGUGACAGGAUCAAGCGUGCUUUCCUUAUUGAGGAGCAGAAAAUCGUUGUGAAAGUGUUGAAGGCACAAGCACAGAGUCAGAAAGCUAAAUAAAAAAAUGAGGAUUUUUUUGAGUAAUAAAAAUCAAAAAGCUUGAUCUGUUA